AUGCAGGAGAGCAUCAGCUGCGUUGACGAGUACAUCAAGAGAUGCUUUACUGCUACCCAAGCACAGGUUUUCAAUCAUGUGGUUGCAGAAGCUCGACAAGUGAAAGAUGAUCUGUGUGUUCCCGGACCGAUACAAGAAGCUUAUCUCCGUCACGCACCGUGUUUUAUAAACAUAUCAUUAUCUGAAGAUAAAUGCGCUCCUAUAUAUCGACAUGUGUUGGAAUUAUCAGAAAAUGUGAACAAAGAAGAAGACGUGGAAGAAGGAUUAAGAAAAUCCUGUUGUGCCUUCAACGAGUUCGUUCUUUGCAAGUAUCAUCACGUCUCCAAAGACUGUGGUUCCGAUGCAGCUGAAUUUCAACAAAAACAUCUCGACAGGAUAUCCGGUCCAUUAAUGUAUGAACAUUGCGCUACUUACACUUUUGGUUCCAAUACAUGCUCCUCUUCCGAUCAAAUAAAGCCUAUCGUACGCAUGUUAGCACUUAUUUAUAUCUGUUUAAAACUUUGGAUGUAAAUUAGAAUAUAGUGAAAAUAAAUGUUAG